AUGUUGUACUGCAUUUCUAGUGAGAAGAUGGGGUGCGAAAGAUGCAAAAGGAGGGAUGAACUCGACUACAGCAAUUUGGACGAUCGGGAAAAACACUUCUUGUUGUUUAUGCUCGAUGGAUGUACUCAAGAGAUGAUCAUCCCAGAUGAUUUUCUGAAACGAUUCAGGGGUGAGAUCCCAAGAGAGAUGAAGUUAGAAACACAAAAUGGUCACAGUUACACCAUUGGAGUUGCGAAAUAUCCAGAUAAACUAGUUCUUCGAGAAGGAUGGGGAGCAUUUGUCCAAACCUAUGAUCUACAUACGGACGACUGUAUGGUGUUCAGAUACAAAGGAGACUCUAAGUUUGAUGUUAUAGUUUUUGAUCGAUUCGGUCUUGAGAAAGCAUCAUCUGUUAUUGUGGACAAUGCCCCUCCACCUCCUCGUGAACGGGAAAGGCACAACAGUGGUACUGAAAAUUCGGAGCGUUCUCAUGGUCAUUCUCUGCCCAAGGAAACGCCAUCGCCUACUGAAUAUUCCAACCAUUCUGAAGGGCGUCAUCAGCCCAUGCAAAGGCAACCACCUACUGAAGAUGGGAACCGUUCUCAAGGGCAUCCUCAGCCCAUGCGAAUGCAAUCGCCUACUGAAAAUUUGGACAAUUUUGCUGGUUUUAGUCCCCCAAUGGAAAUGCAACAGCCUACUGAAAAUGUGGCAAAUUUGUGUGGCCAUAGUCAUCCCACACAAAUGCAACCAUGUACUGAGACUUUGGAUCACUCUAAUUAUCAUGCUCAGACCGUGCAAAUGCAACUGCCACGUAGACGUACCAGGAAACAAUCAAAACUUCAAAGUGAUUACUCAAGUCAGGGCAACAAGACAGCGAUGCCUUCUUCUUCUUCAGGAGAUUCUUUUUCGCCAGCAGAUGAUACUGAAGUACGUGAUGCAGCUAGAUACACACUUGGGUGGCACUGCACUCUAACUACAAUGCAGAAGAAGGAAGUUGAUGAGAAGGUCCAAUUUAUUCAUUCAGACAAUCCAAAGUUUGUGGCUGUGAUGAGGAAUUUCAAUGUUACAGGACCGGUCACUCUAACUUUCUCCAAACAAUAUGUUAAGACGUAUGUGGGUGAUAAGGAGCGAAACAUAUGUCUUCAACGACUUAACAAGAGGUGGAAAGUGCAUUUUGGUGGUAGCCCUAUAUUAAAAAGGAUUGAAAGUGGCUGGCGGAAGUUUGUACAAGAGAAUGAUGUAGAGGUGGGUGAUAUCUGCAUCUUUGAAUUGCUGAAGAUCUAUGAGCUGUGCACAAUGGAAGUCCAUAUCAUCCGUGCAAAGGAUUUUGGUAGGCCCUCCCAAAGUGGUGACCCAAGAGUGGAAGAGAGGCGCAAAGAUGGUACUGAAACUGUGGAACAUUGCCAUUCUCGUUCUCAUCCUGUGCAAAUGCAGUUAGGUAAUGCAACUGUAGAUGAUUCUCCUGUUCAUCCUCGGCCAAUUCAAAUGCAAUCACCCCCAGCGGAGAGAGAAAAACGAGUUCAGAGGGAUAACUGGAGUCAAGGCAACAAGAGAGAUUCUUUGAUGGCAGAAGAUAGCGGUGAUGAUAUGGACGAUUUGUCUGGUUGCAUUGGCGUGGGUUUGAAGCACCUAACCUCAAUUCAGAAGAAGGCAGUGAAGGAGAAGGUCCAAUGUAUUGAUUCUGAAAUUCCCAUCUGUGUGGCUGUGAUGCCCAGGACGAGUGUUACAGGAAGUUUCAACCUAACCAUGUCCAAGAAAUACGUUGACAAGUAUUUGGGAGAUGAGGUGCGGAGCAUCUGGCUUGAGAGACAUAGGGAGAAGUAUCAUGUCACCUUGGGACGUAAACCUCUAAAUAACAGGGUUGUUAGGGGAUGGGCCAAGUUUGUGAGAGACAACGAGCUGGAGAAGGGCGAUAUCUGCCUCUUGGAGCUGUUGAAGCAUUGCAAGGUGUCUGCAAUGAAAGUGCAUAUCAUCCGCGCGAAAAAUACUAGUUGA